AUACAGCUACGUGAAUUUCUUAACUCUGUGAAAAAAGGAUUUUCAACUUUUGAUAACUGCCACGAGAUUGUUGUGUCUCUCUUCAGUUCCCCCCACCUUCCUUUUUAGCUUUUCCAGGUUACAAAAAGAAGCUCCCUUUUCCUUUUCCUUUUCCUUUUCCUUUUCCUGACAUAGUCUUUUGUCCCUUUCUUGCAUUUUAUUGGCAAAAAGAAGCACAAUUCAGAUACCCAUUAAGCACAUCUGCGCUUUCCACAUUUCAAUUUUCAAAACUCCCAUGGAGGAACAAAAAGUUUGAAUCUUUCCUAAAUCAUUGGUUAAAAAUCAACAGAGUCUUCUUUAUCAGUUUUGUAUGACAUUUUGAAGAAAGAAAAGGAGAUGAAGAUUUUCAUCCUGCUUAUACCCAUUUGGGUUUUCACUACUCCAUUGUUGUCAGCUCCAGUGGAUGUAACUCCCCAGCCUCCAAUUACAGACCCAGUUCUUCCUACUGAGAAAGGACCCAUUUUUCAAGUUCCUUCUGAUAAAGAUGCUCCUUCUCCUGGAGUUGCAGAGCUGAAAGUAGUACACCACCAGGAUUUAAAUAAGAAAAUUUUGAUUUCACUUAUUGUUGCAUCAACCCUCCUUGCUGGAAUUCUGCUGUUGUCAACUUGCUUUUGGAUUUACAGACUAAAAAUGCGGAAGAAAUCCGCUGAAAAAGGCAGUCAGAAAGCAGAGUCUGCAAAGGGACUUUCUUGGGGUCCAAUAAUGGCCAAGUUCCCUUCUUUGAGAUCUGUGGGAAGAAAAGGACUAGUUGCUGUGAUCGAAUACCAGUCAUUAGUAGCUGCAACCAACAAUUUCCAGGAACAGAAUGCUCUAGGAGAAGGUAGAUUAGGAUGUGUGUAUAAAGCUCAAUUCAACAAUGACAUCCAAGCAGCUGUUAAAAAGUUUCGUGGUGGCGAACAGGAUGCUGAAAAAGAAUUUGAGAAUGAGGUGGACUUGUUGAGUAAAUUUCAGCAUCAAAAUAUUAUUUCGCUUCUUGGGUACUGCAUUCAUGCCGAUGCACAAUUUCUGGUGUAUGAAAUGAUGCAGAAUGGAUCUUUGGAAUUCCAGUUGCAUGGACCUCCUCGUGGAUCAGCUUUGAAUUGGCAUCUUCGCAUGAAAAUUGCAUUGGAUGUGGCUAGGGGACUAGAAUACCUCCAUGAGCGCUGUAACCCCCCUGUAAUCCAUAGAGAUCUCAAAUCGUCUAAUGUUCUAUUGGAUUCCAACUUCAAUGCAAAGCUUUCUGAUUUUGGCCUAGCUAUAGCUGGAUGGAACUUAAACAAGAGCACCGUAAAGCUUUCGGGAACUCUGGGAUAUGUGGCUCCAGAGUACCUCUUAGAUGGGAAAUUAACUGAUAAGAGUGAUGUCUAUGCUUUCGGCAUUAUACUUCUGGAGCUUUUAAUGGGGAGAAGACCAGUGGAGAAACUAGCAGGAGCUCAGUGCCAAUCUAUCGUCACAUGGGCAAUGCCACAGCUUACUGACAGGUCAAAGCUCCCAAAUAUUGUUGAUCCUGUCAUCAGAAACGGAAUGGACCUCAAGCACUUGUAUCAAGUUGCUGCUGUAGCCGUGCUAUGUGUACAACCAGAACCAAGUUACCGACCACUGAUAACAGAUGUCCUGCACUCCUUCAUUCCCCUUGUACCAAUUGAGCUUGGUGGGUCCUUGAGAGUUGUGGAUUCUGCACUAUCUAUUAACGCAUAACAAAAUGAGUUGCUUCAUUCAAAGUUUGCUUCGGCCUACUCUUGGUGUUACUUGUGUUCCUACGGAAACUGGUAACUGAAUGAACAACUUGACCUUUCCUCUUCUUUUGUUCUAUCCUGAGUUUGUUAAUUGGCUAAUGCAAUUUUUGCUAUGAAUUUAGAGUAGGACAACUUACCAAAAGAAAAUUUAUGCUGUGUGUAUAUAAUUGUAAAUUUGAGGUAGCAAAAUCUCUGAUCUCACUUCAAGUUUCCUCAGGUUUUUGUCCUUUCAUGGUUGUUUUCUGUAUUAGAGGAAUUGAUGUGCUGCUAUUGUAAAGAAUGACUUAUGAUUCCAGUAUUUGUGCAUACAAAAGUUUGCUGUUCUCCUUA